UGGAAGUGAUGUUGAAGAGCUUUGUUGGCCAAGCCAGAUUCUAUGUUCGAUCGUGCCUCUCGUGUGUUGAUGUCUGCGAAAGAGCAGCUAAGUAUGCGUUGGUGUUGCCUUUGAUACUCAGGAAAGAAGGGAUCAAUAACUUCAUAUGUCAGGGUUUUGAAAGAAUGCUGGCACUUGGGUCAUGUUUCUGCCUUUUGCCAGAAGUUACUUUGUGGAAGAACAGAAGAGAAGAGGAGUUGGUGGAAAAGUAUUCCAAAUCUCUAAAACCAAUAACUUUAGGCUUAUGUUGUGACUCCUCUGCUUUUAUAUCCGAUGAGAUGAUCUUAACUGAGUUUAAUACUCUCUGUGUAGGGGAAACACAAAUGACAGUGAACAACCAGAUUGUUGUCGGUACUCUGAUGAAUCUUGCGGACAAUCCUACAAGGGUGAUUGUGGGACAAGACUGGAGAGAAGCUGAUGUUGUAAACAGAGUUCCUCUCAUUGGCACAGGGAACGAUUUCUCCAGGCUCUAUGCUCCACUGAUCCGUGAAGGAAGAAUGGAGAAGUUCUACUGGCAGCCAACUCGUGAAGGCAUCGCUAACAUUGUUAGCAGAAUGUACGAGAAAGAUGGGAUAUCGCGGAAAGAUGUUGUAAGCAUUGUUGAUAAGUUUCCAAAUCGAGCACUUGACUUCUAUGGAGCUCUGAGGUCACGUACAUAUGAUAGAUCUAUCCUCAAGUGGGUAGAUGAUGCUGGAGGAAUAGAGACUCUAGGGAAAACUCUUCUCAGGCGUAAAAAGACCGAAGAAGUUCCUCAAUUCAUUCCCCCUGAGCAAACAGUGGAACAAAAACUCAUCAUCGAAACAAAGCUUUCCAAGGAGUACAUGAAGAACAUUGAUCAUUAAAUACCAAACAAACAUUGAUUUUUUUUUUCAUUCUUAAAGUCUACUGAUAAGUUGUUAAAAAAAAGCUUAAAUACAUAACUGAAUCGCUCAAUAGAAUUUUUUUUUACCAACCCCACGAGAAUGGAACCUAAAGCCGAUAUGGUGCCAAUACAUUAGAUGUGAAUGCAUCUUCACAGAACAUGCAAAUGCAUAUACACAG